UUUCGACCUCCGCUAGAGGGCGUGUUCUCUGGCACGGCCACGUAAGUCAGGGUCGAAAUUUUCUUCGUUUUACAAUUUAAUCGCUUUUAUUUUACGUGUUGUGCUAAUAUGUGAGAAUGGUAUAAGUGCAAUAAAUUGUGAACAAAGUUUUUGUGUUUCUUCACCUCACCCAAGCAACGAUUUUCAAGUUAUGGCUAACAUACCCCCUUACAAUAGCAACUCUGGGCCACCUAAUACGGCUUUAGGGCCAUAUCAGUUCAAUCAAGCGCCAACGAACUAUACGGGAUCUGUAAAACAUGAUGCUAACUCGAAUAUGCCUGCACCACCUUCUGCAUUUAAUAAUCAGGCCAACCAUUACAGCCAAAGUGCAAGUAGCUCACCAGCUUUUAACAAUCCAAUGAUGAUUCAACCUCAGAACAUGCAAUCAUCGCCUAUGAGGCCCCCCAUCAAACCAUUAACAAAUCAAAGUCCAAUACCAAACCUCCAGAACAUUCCAUCUAGUUCAGCCAGUCCUCAUCCAAUGUAUAACACUAGCAAUCCUUCUCCAUACCCUCCCAAUCACCAUUCACAGCAAAUCAAUGAUAAUGCUCCACCCCUAAUACCUUCUAGUCAAUAUAAUCAACCAACUAAUGGGCCAAAUCCUACAAGGCUGCCUGUUAGUCAAUAUCCCCCAUCUUCAGCAUCAUUCCCACCUACAAUAAAUCAAAGACCACCAUUUCCUCCAUUAAGCCAGCCAGUUCCAUUUGGUAAUCAAAUGGUGGGGCCUCCAAGGAGCAAUCCUAUGAUGCCAGGAAGUUCGACAUUGGGUCCCAACAUGAUGGCACCACAAUUAGGGCCUUCCAGAAAUAAUGCAAUGAAUGGCCCAGCAACAGGUCCACCUCUUACAUCAUUACCUGGCCCAAAUGAACCACCCAGAAAUCAAACAAGUGGACCCCCAUCGCUGCCCUUAGCUCAAAUGCCUCCCAUUAGGCCACCAACAAACCAGCCUAUGAAUAUGGGACAACCAACUCAAGCCAUGGGCUAUUCUAAUAAUUUAAGUGGACCUCAAAGCUUACCACCAUUGUCAUCACAACCAAUUCCAGGACAACCUCCUAUGCCUGGAGCUAUGCCAGGUCCACCAAAGCCAAAUAUACAAAGCCGAUAUCCUCAGAUGCCUCCCAGUAACUACCAGCAAGGGCCUCCAAGCCAGGGAAUGCCACCUCAAAUGCCCCAACAAGCCAUGUACCCACAAAUGAACAAAAUGCCAGGGUUGACUCAGCAAAUGGGGCAAUUAAAUGUUACUCAGCAGGGAUUUGAUCAACUUUGGGGUCAUCAAAUGGUGGAUCUAAUGCAGUGUAAGCAUAUUCUUUCUGAAUAUCCUGAAGAUCCACCGGAAAUCAGACUAGGUCCCAACUUUGCCGAUGCUCCUAAUUGUAGUCCUGAAAUAUUCCGGUGUACAAUUAACAAGAUACCUGACACGAAUACAUUGCUACAGAAGUCUAGACUGCCUUUGGGUAUUUUAAUACACCCUUUCAAGGAUUUGAAUUAUUUACCAGUCAUACAAUGUACUACGAUAGUGCGUUGCCGCGCGUGUCGCACGUAUAUCAAUCCGUUUGUAUACUUCGUCGAUGGAAAGCGGUGGAAAUGCAAUCUGUGUUAUCGGGUCAAUGAUUUGCCAGAAGAGUUCCAAUACGACCCAGUGAGCAAGUCGUAUGGAGAUCCAACUCGUCGGCCCGAAAUCAAAUCUGCAACGAUAGAGUUCAUUGCUCCCAGCGAAUACAUGCUUCGUCCCCCGCAGCCGGCUGUUUAUUUGUUCCUGCUUGACGUCUCGCAGAUCGCCAGGGAGUCUGGAUAUUUAGAUUUGGUCUGUGGAAUAAUUAAAGAGCAUCUGGAACAGUUGCCCGGUGAUGCGCGCACGCAGAUCGGCUUCAUAUGCUACGACGCGCACAUCCACUACUACGUGAUCAGCGAUGGACUCACUAGGCCCCAGGAGUUGACCGUUUUGGAUAUUGAUGAGGUGUUCCUUCCAUCGCCGGAGUCGUUGUUGGUGAACGUGGGCGAACAGCUGGAUAUGAUCCGGGAGCUGCUCACUCAGAUCCCCAGGAGACACUCUGUGCCUGGGUCACCUGCUUCGGCCCUCGGUGCUGCAUUGCAGGCUGCUUAUAAACUUAUGUCACCGACCGGAGGCAGAAUCACAGUGUUCCAGACAUGUUUACCUAAUAUCGGACCCGGAGCACUACAAUCCAGAGAGGACCCCAACGCCCGAUCAUCAAAGGAAGUUGCACAUUUGAAUCCGGCCACAGAUUUUUACAAGCGGCUUGCGUUGGAUUGCAGUGGAGCGCAGAUUGCAGUGGAUCUGUUUCUUCUGAGUUCGCAGUAUUGCGAUUUGGCAACACUCAGUGGUAUGAGCAAAUUCAGUGGGGGCUCAGUGUACCACAUCCCGGUGUUCAACGCGGCCAGGCCUAGACAGGCUGCGCAUCUUAGGAAUAUGUUCACGAGAUAUCUCACAAGGAAGAUUGGCUUCGAGGCUGUCAUGAGGGUGCGGUGUUCUAGGGGUAUAACGAUACACACAUUCCACGGCAACUUCUUCGUGCGUUCGACGGAUCUGCUCUCGUUGCCCAACGUGUCCCCGGAUGCUGGCUUCGGGAUGCAGCUGACCAUCGAGGAGUCCUUGUCCGACCUGCAGCAGGUCUGCUUCCAGGCUGCCUUGCUAUAUACCAGCAGUAAAGGUGAAAGGAGGAUACGUGUUCACACGAUGGCUCUACCAAUAGCGACCACUCUCACUGACGUAUUGCACGCCGCCGACCAGGCCUGUAUUGUGGGACUCCUUAGCAAAAUGGCCGUGGAUCGAUGCGUGACGGCCUCGAUGUCUGAAGCGAAGGAGGCCCUCAUAAACGUAGCCAUCGAUGUUUUGUCGGCCCAUAAGCUUUCCCAGAACCUUCCGGCGGGACCCGCUUCCAGCGCACUGAUGGCACCGAUGGCGUUGCGGUUGCUGCCUAUGUUUUUAUUGGCCUUGAUGAAAACGAAAGCAUUACGUACGGGCACGUCUACGCGGUUAGACGAACGCGUUGCGGCCAUGUGCGAUCUAAAAUGUCAGCCACUCCCCCAGUUGUUACGUACGGUUUACCCGGAUUUAUACCCGAUACAUACAUUGGAUCAGCACACGCAUAUGGAAGAAGCAGAGGAAGAGGAAGUUAAUCCCGACCCUCCAAGAUUGCAGCUUACUUCGGAGAGAAUCAACUUAAAUGGCGCCUAUCUCCUAGACGAUGGAGAAACAAUGGUGAUCUAUGUUUGUAAUGCGGUCAGCCCCGCGUUCCUCUCUGAGAUCUUUGGAGUUGCGGCAUUCUCUCAACUACCGGAUGAAGCCACCACUUUGCCUCAUUUAGACAAUAAAAAAAGUACUAUUUUACACGCCUUCAUAGACAAACUCAACGAUGACAGACCAUACCCAUCGAAUUUAAUUGUACUCAGAGAUAACUCACCAUCUCGGACGAAAUUCACCGAGCGUCUGAUAGAAGACCGAGUAGAGUCAGCCUUCUCAUACUACGAGUUCUUGCAACAUGUCAAAAGUCAAGUGAAGUGAAGAAACUAAAGUGUAUAGUGUAUUGUAAAGUGACAAAGUGUGAAAGUGUGGACGGUGUAAGGGCAGAACGAAAAGCAAUGGUAAUUACAUUAAGUAUUCAUUUUUAAUCCUUUCUAUGAACAAGUUUCACUUCGCGAAUUUUGUUAGUAACAAAAACUCAUUAUUAAUACUCAAAAUUAAAUCAUUUUAAUGAAAUCAAUAAAGCACUUUAAAGCACAAAAUGUAAUAAUUUCAAUCAGUGUGAUAAAUUUAUUAAAAUCACUUGCAAUUAGGGCUGUCAAAGUCAUUAAAUAUUAAAUUAGUAUUUAUAUACCAAAUGCAUAACUAAAGUUAAAAAUAAAUUUACAACACAUUGUUAAAUAAAUUUAGAAUUUUAAAAUGUGUUUAAUGCUCACAAAUCACAGUUUUACAAUUAUUAUAUUAAUUGUGGAUUUUAUCUUCUAAAUUCUUACCGUCAUACUUUUCCAGACUAAUUCGUGUAAUAUAUCACAAGUAAUAGUUAUUAAGUCAAUUUUGAAAUGCAAUAAUUAUAAAAUGUGAUUAUUAUCUGACAAAUUCUUUAAAUAACUCUUGCUCAUGAGUUUGAUUGCAAAAGAACAAUGUCGGUUAGAAACUCAAUUUUUUAAUUCCAUAAACUAUGCAUAACUCGGAAGACUUGAAUCUCUAUCUGAAGAGCACUUGGAAAAUAUCUGGAAAUUUAAGAGUUUUUGUUACUACACAGGCUUUUAGAAAUCUUAUUCCUAUACAAAUGAGUCUUAGUAAUCAAAUUGACUAAAGCAUCUACACCAAAGUCUUGGCGAGCUUAAUGGCGCCCUCUGUUGGUCUUGAAAAGACUUCGCUUUGGUGCAUUAAUGUAUUUUGAAACGUUUUUAUAAAGGUUGUCCCAUCGCAACACGAUUUGUAUAAAGUUUUCAGUUAAGAUUUAUGUAUUGAUGUAUCAUGGUUUAAUAACUACAGCGUAAACUCUAUAUAACGACACUGAAUGUCCAUUUUACGGUGUUAUUGAGAGGUGUCGUUAAAUGGAGAGAAUAAAAUAAGAAUUAGAAAAAGUAUAUUUCAGACUAGUGUCAGUAGUUAUGUACACAAAAAGAAUCUUUUUCCAACACUAUUGCAUAUAGUCUGUUAUUUUUGUCUGACGUCUAUUGCUGCAUCAGUAAUUUUGUUGUAUCUUUUACUUAUUUUAUUCAUAUCUUGUGAUAUUGAGGCAUCUUGGUCAUAAAGGAAUUUUUAUUACUCUAUUGUUGUCGUUAUUGAGAGUGUCUUACCUUAGGGAGCGAUCGUAUUACGUCAGUCAAUUUUUUUGUCACGCACACACACAAACACUGACACACACAGCCAAUGUAACGCGCCGUGACGUUUUUCUAUACCCAUUAGCAAAACGCUUCGUGACUCUUUAUACCUAUUCAUACAUUAUUCAUUACGUGGUGUCAAGUACCGGAAGGUCUAAAAUUAUAUUAAAAUUAUAUGGUGUCAAGUACCGGAAAGUCUAAAGUAACACGUAAUUCUAUCCCCGUUUGGCAUUGUAACGCUUUACAAGAGGAAAAACAAACAAUGCAUAAAACUUGAACUCAUAUAAAAAAAAUAUUUAUGAUAAAUUUUUCUUUAUUAGACUGAAGGCAUCCUUCAGUCCAUUAUUCUAUAUUUGUAUAAUCAUAACAUCCCUUAUUCGAUAUUUUGUAUAAUGAAUCAAAAAAUAAAAUUAUGUUACAAGGGAGCAUUGUAAGAUCAUCUUUCUAGCGAAACCUUAACAUGUAUGUGGUUUAUUAGUAGACUUGAUGACCCUAAAUCCAGCCUUCUAAGCCUGGGACAACCUUAAAAUCCUUUUUAAUAUUUAUUUAUUUUAAAUUAGAUAAUUGGCUAGGAACUUGUUAAAGAGGGUAUGAAAUUGUAUGUGCGUUUGCUUUGUAUAUAAUAUCUAAUGUGAAUUAUGUGGGCGCCUAAUUUAUGUGAAUUCUAUUAACCAUUAAGGAAAUGUAUCGCAAAAUGCAGAAUUUUAUAUUUAGUGGGAAAUACCCGGAUUAUGUUCUAUUUAAAUUGUUGUCAAUUCCUUAUUGAGUUUAAAAAAAAAUUAAAACGUUGCUGUGGUAACUGAGCUGAUAAUAUAAAGGACUAGACUAGAUAUUUAACGGAUGUUAGUGAAUUGACAAAAAUCUAUGUUAUUUUUCAGCAUAAAAACUGUGAACAAUUUUACUAGCUUAUAUAGUUUUUAUUGCAGUUCUCUUUUUGUAAUACAGCCAAUUACUCUUCUACUUAAUAAAUAAUCUGCAUUUAUUAUGAAAUGCGGCUUCAGCCCUGGUACUUUGUAAAACUGAUAUCAUUUUUCAACGAUUGACUCAAAUUUAUAACUUUGAAUGUAAUGACAAAAUUUAAUUUUGCAACAUGGUAAGAAAAAAUUAAAAUUAAAAUUUUGUUAUUACAGGGUUAGCCUACUGAUGCAUAUAUACCAAUACAUAUUUGAAGUAGUCUCGGGUAUUGUAAAAAAUUGUGAGAUGGCUUUCAGCUUUUGAGUAGUUUUAUUUACGUUUAUAAAACGUUAAAUUUUGAUAUUUGUCUAUGAUUGGGCGCCUAUGACUGUAUGAAUAUUAUGUGACUUUUGUUGUAAUAUCUAGAGGCAAUAAAUAUAUUGUACAGAUUAAAUGAUCGAAUAAAUGGUCUAUUUAUAUUA